UCAUGCAAGAGGAAAAAUUAAAUGAAAUUCAGGUGUCACAACAUACAGCUGAUAAAUUGAAGAAGCAAGCAUUAGAGUACAAAAAGCUUUAAGAAACAUUUAAUAAGAGAUUUUCAUCAGAUGCCAAUACUUAGUUUUAUGUUUUGAGUUUAAAGUAAUUUAAAUGAAAAAUUUAAGAUGGCUUAAUUAAUGGAAGCAAUACGUUUCCUACGAUGAGAUUGUGGCCAACAAAGCACCAAGUAAAUACUUUGGUAGAAUAACACUUGAAAGAAUUAACGAUGAUUUAGAGGAUGAUGUGUAGAAAUGCUUUAAGUACUAUCCAAUCAACAAUCAUCCAUGGAAUACAUACAUGAAAUAAGGAUUAUAAGAAAAUGUUGACUAUGUAGUUAUUGAUAAAGAUAUUUGGGAAUUUUUUACAUCAUACUAUCCAGGAAUAGCAAUAAUAAGAACAUCUAAUGGUAAUGGAAAAGAUAAACAAGUGGCUGUAAAUUUAUUAAGAGUAUUUAAUAUAUAUAUAAUUAUUAGUUUAAAGCAGUCUUACUUUAUCCAUCAAUAAUCAAAUAAAUAUCCUUUGACAGAAUGUAUAGAUAAACAUUUGAUAGUGAAAUAAUGCAAGUAGAUAGAAAUAUGGAAUUAAAAGAUUAUUAAGCAUUGAUAUAAAGAACAGUACAUACUUUUUCAGGAAGUUUUGCAAAAGAUAAUAAUGUCAGAAUUUGGAGAUAUGUCACAGAUUAAAAAGAUCCAUAUAAAGUUUUGUUUAAUGAAAUUUACAAAUAAGUAAGUGAAUUAGAAAGUUCAGAUGAUAUGUGUUUUGAUUUUAAAGGAGAGCUACUUACUCAUUAAUAAUAUCAAACAAUUGAAGAUAUUGGUAUUAUUGAUAACAAUUUAAUUAUAUUUGAAGUAAAUUAUGUUAUUUAUUUUAUAAGUUCAAAGAUGAUUUUAAACCAUGGUGUAUAAGAAAUUAAGCAGUUUAAGUAGAAGGAAAAUGUGAAUAUUGUCAUAAUUUUAAAGUUCUAUCUUUUCCUUGUAUUUGUAGAAAAGUUGCUUAUUGUAAAGAAGAAUGCAAAUAAAAUGAUUAUAAUUAUCAUAGUUCUAGAUGUGAAAAACAUGGUUCAGAUGAUGAAUCAAUAAAAUCUUUAACUCUUACAACUACAUCAAUGAAGGGAAUAGUAGGUUUAAGUAAUUUAGGAAAUACAUGCUUUAUGAAUAGUGGAACUUAAUGUAUUUCUAAUUCAUACCCAUUGGUUGAAUAUUUCUUAAAGAAUUUAUACUUUGAUGAGAUUAAUAUGGAUAAUCCUUUAGGUACAUAAGGAUAAUUAGUAAAGAAGGUUGGAUCACUUAUUAAAAAGAUGUGGUGUGGAGAUAGAUAAACAAUAACUCCUACAAAUUAUAAAAAGGCUGUUGGUUAAUUUUAACCAAUGUUUAAAGGUUUCCAUCAACAUGAUUCAUCUGAAUUAAUAACAUUUGUUUUAGAUGGAAUUCAUGAGGAUUUAAAUAGAGUUAAAAAGAAACCAUAUGUUGAAACUAAAGAUUAUGAUGGUCGAUCUGAUUUUGUUGUUGCUAAAGAAAGUUGGUUAAAUCAUUUAGCUAGAAAUCAAUCAAUUAUUGUUGAUCUAAUGCAUGGUCAAUAUAAAUCAACAUUAAAGUGUCCAAAUUGUCAAUAAUUUUCAAUUACUUUUGAUCCUUAUUUAAUGGUAUAAUUAGGUAUUCCAAGUUAAAAAAAAAGAACUAUUUCAUUUAAAUUUUAUAAAGAUUUAUUUUAAAGUACUUUAAUAACAAUACCAUUUGAUAAAUAUAAAAACAUUAUUUUAAAAGAAUAUUUGAAAAUUCUUGGUGAAGAACUUAAAGUAGAUCAUUAAUAUUUAUUUGGUUAUAUUGCUAAUAUGUAUACAUCCUUUGAUUUUUUGGAUGAAAAUAAAAGUAUUGUAGAUAUAAGAAAGAGUGCAAAAAGAUCAUAACUUUGUUUUAGAUAAUUAACUGUUCAAGAAAUAUAAAUGUAGAAGAAAUUCCCUAUUUAAUUUUCAAAUAAACACUUUGAAUAAUAAUACAAAAAGUCAUAUUUUUAGUCUGGUGUAAUUAUAGUUGAUGGAUAAAUGACAUUAAAAUAGGUCCAUUUAUAAAUUUUUACUCAUCUUAACUAAUUGUUUUCUGAGCAUGAAUAAUUAGAUUAUGAAAAAUAAGUAUUAAAUUAAGUAUUUAUUUUAAUAUAUAUAAUUUAGUAUUAUUCCUUGGCUUAUAAAACAAAUUAAAACUAUUGGAAUCCAUGUGCUUUCUGUACUUCAAAGAAUUGUAAUGAUUGUGAAGUUAAAUUUGAUGAUGAAACAGUUGAAGAAGUAAAAAAUAGAGCCUUAAAAGUUGAUCAUUAAUGUAAUUUUGAAAUUAUUAUCCUUUGGAAAUAAAGUCCAUUUAAAUAGAUUAAAUUACCAGAUAUAUUUGAUCAUUAUUUCAAAACUAAUAAAUUAGAAAGUAUUAUUUACAUUCUAAUAUUUAAGUUUAGGAUAAUAAUCAACGAAAUUAGAUGUCAAGUUCAAUGAAUUCUAAUUCUUAAUAAGGCAUAGUUUCUCUAUAUGAUUGUUUAUAAUACUCUUAGUAACCUGAAUAACUUAAUGCAGAAAAUACAUGGUAUUGUUAAGUUUGUAAAGAACAUGUUUAAGCAUUUAAAAGCAUGCAAAUAUAUAAAGUUUAAUAUUUAGAUAUUUUUAGGCUCCUUAAAUAUUAAUCUUUACAUUAAAGAGAUUUAAAGCUUCUAAUAGAUUAUUUAAACAAAAACUUGAAACCUUGGUUGAUUUUCCCAUUAAUAAUCUUGAUAUGACAGAUUAUGUUAUUAAUUCAAGAACUCCUUUUGAAUAUCAUAAUGAAAAUGAAACUAAUAAUGGAGAGAAUAAUAAGUAAAAGGUCAUUUAUGAUUUAUAUGCUGUAUCUAAUCAUUUUGGAGGAUUAGGAGGUGGCCAUUAUACUGCAUUGGCAAAGAAUAAAGUAAAAUUAAUAUAAAAUUAAUUAGUUCACUAAUAAAUGGUACAAUUUUGAUGAUUCAAUGGUUAGUGAGAUUAAUGAAACAUCUAUAGUUUCCAAAUCUGCUUAUGUGUUAUGUUAUUAAUUGAGAACAGAUGAUUCAAAUAAUUGUUAAGAAAAAACAAUGUAAUCCAUCAUUUAAGAAUGAG